AUGAGCAAUUCAUCCAUGCCCAGCCGUUUGCGGCGCAACAGCCACGCUACCCGUGCCAUCUUGAACGAUGCCUCCAACAAUAGCCUGAAGGAGAAUUCGCCCAGCAGCUCCAACAGCUGCGGCGAACGGGAUUGCUCUUCCCCCAGCAUGCCUCGAGAACAUCGCCAAAAUGGUCGCAAGCUGAUUUCGAAAAAGAGCAGCCGCAGUUCUCGCAAUUCGGCAUCAGAACCUUACUCUUCCGGCUCUCCCCGCACCACCACCUGGGUUCACUCUCGCUGCUCCGCCGCCUCGUCAUGUUCAGAAUUAUCGCCGUGCUCCAGCCCCGUGCUCUUCGCCAGCCACAACGAGCAGUUGCGCCCCGCUAGUCGCACGCACAUCCUCCCCAAUCAUACCGACGAAGCUCUCUCCGCUGAGUUUGGCGGCGUGCAACUCGGAAGUCAGUCCGUGAUCGAUGUGCUUGAAGACGACGACGACGACGGCGACGCUGUCUUUGAGACCUGCCCAUGGCUCAAGGGCAACUCAAUCGAGGACCACUACGAGGCGAUGGAGUUUGACAACGAUAUCCUGGAGGAGCUAUGUGUUCCCACCCCCGACCGUUCAGAUGGCUCAAGCCGAUUUCCCAUCUCCAAGCUGUCCAACUUGGGCGCAAGCAGUCUCAACCAAAGCUUUCCCCCCGCGAACAUGACCAGGCAGGCCGCCGCCACAGCCUCCCCACAGCUCACUGCCUCCCGACAGAUCAAACCGAGCAACACGGCCUUUCGAGCCACUUGCGCCCAAGGACAGCUAGCUGGAUCACCACUGCUUCUGCCAGCAGCCUCUCAGCCAUCAGCAUCGCCUGCUCGCCAAAUCGCGGAGAACCCAGGCCGCCCAGCGCCGCGCCGCGCCGUCACACUGCAGCGCUCCCAAUCCGAGUCGGCGGCUAGUCGCCGCCCCGUUCCCGACCUUGUCCCUUCCAGUUCCGAGGAUCGAAAGAGCGUGCCCCUCAGCCGGGACGUGCGCUCAGAAGCUGAUGUGUGUUCACCGUUACCCAAACUUCAAUCUGCGAUGCAGUCAGACCAUGACUAUGAGUAUCCCUUGCCGCUGACCGACACCCGGCACUGCAAACGCAAAUACAUUCGAGCCUACAUUUCUGGUGAAACUUUGUCUCGCUUGCUGAAGGGCGAGUAUGCCGAGCAUUUUACCCAUGUUUUGGUGCUGGACUGCCGCUUUUCGUUUGAAUACGACGGCGGCCACAUCCUGAACGCCCAGCGCGCUUGGCUACGCGAGCAUGUUCUCAACCAUUUGUUUUACAACCCGCAAGUGCCGUUCACUGAAACCCAUCGCACGGCCGUUGUCUUCCACUGCGAAUUCUCUGCCCAACGCGGCCCCGACCAAUACGAGUUUGCCCGCUGUCUUGACGACAUUUUCUCGCAUGGCACCGGACAGCGACUUUGGCCCAACAUGUUCAUUCUAGAAAAGGGCUACCGUGAGUUUUACAAGAACUAUCCCGAGCAUUGCUUUGGAAAGUACUGCGAGAUGAAGGACACUACCAAGGCGUCGGACCUCGCACAUGAUGAGCAGAUUCUCGAGUGCAGUCGUCUCAGCGUCCAAGACGCCGAGAAGCUGGAAGAAGAUCACGCUGCAUUCUUUGAAAUGCGAAAGCAAUUCGUCAAGGGAGGCCGCAGUGCCCUUACGAACCCUCGACGCAUGGUUCAGGGUGGUGAGCCGAUGACGCCUGUGCACCAGAUUACCAAGUACCGAUGA